CCUCAGGAGUGCCCAGCCACACUAGCCCAUGCGCCACAAUGUUCCAGCCUCAGUGACGGAAGCUACCAUAAAGCCACACCACACCUAUGCGAUAACAAGUUAUAUUGUAUAUUUGUUGCCCAUUCCACUGUAUACUCGACUUAAAAAGAGGCUAUUGUACACGGACUUCUUUGAUAGCAUGAUACAAGAAGACUGAAGGCAACGUACAACCGUCAUUGUACCUGCAUCUUUGCUGUACCUACAAAAUGACAGAUAUCACCCCGUACUUCAACGAGACCCUCAAGGCUCAUGGCGCCCACACAACCUCUGGCGUCUCUUUGUCCAUGCAACAUCUUGACGAGUUCCUUAAAGAGGCAUAUCGAAUAAACUCCCACAUUGCGUCGCUGAACGACUACCUACGGGGAAUCCGACAAUCCUACCUAUCUACCACGCAACCACCCCGACGCCAACGCCAGCUUGCUGCCGAAACCUCGAAGCCCAAAGAUAAAGAAUGGCGGUACCUGACUGACCGCCAGCGCGACGAGAUUGACGCCGAAACGAAGCAACUCCUCCGCGAACUCAACUAUGGCAUCCGAAACCUGGCAGAUGCGGAGCAGCUGCGCCAAGACACCGAGACAACCCUGAUAGAAAAGAAAUAUGGCAACAAACUGGGUGCUUUGGGUAACUGGGCUGUUGGUGGGAUAGGGCAGUCGAAGCCUCCCGAGCAGGAACAGGCGGAGAGCAGGGCGAAUACGAUUAGCACGCACAGGGAGAAUGUGUUGUGGUAUUUACGGAAGAAGCUACAACAGUGCGGAGGGCUGCAGGCAGCGAUGAUGGAGACGCGGAUUAUGCGCGAGAUGGAGAAGAACAAGAGCUUGCUCUAUAAAAGCAAGGGAGGUAUGAAAGGCGGCAGUUCGGGCGAACCGCCCAUACCAGCGUUCAAAUACAAGGGCGCGGCAGGGACGCAGGUCGAGGAGGAGUAUGGAAAGAAUGUUGAGGACGAGUUGACACCAGAGCAGUUGCAGCUGUUUGAGAAAGAAAAUCGAAACAUGGUUCAACACUAUAAAGAUACCCUGAACCAAGUAAAGACCGCACAAAAAUCGCUGAUGGAGAUCUCAGAACUGCAGACACAGCUUGUCAACAACCUGGCAACACAGUCGGCGCAUAUCGACCAGCUUGUCGCGGACUCGUUCCUGACGGCUGAGAACGUUGGGGGUGGAAAUAAAGAGUUGAAAAAGGCGUCCGAGCGAAGGAGCACAGCCAAAUAUGUGUUCUAUGCAUCAUGCGGGCUGAGCGCAUUCCUAGUGGUGUAUGAUUUAAUCGUCUGAUUUAACCGUCUGAUUUAGCUACCGGAAGUCAAGCUCUUUCGUAUCGGUGCCGAUACACACCCGAGGCCACGCCGUCCACAAGAUUUUGCCCUGGCGCGUUCCCAGACUUUGCCAUAAAGCCCUCUAUCAUUUUGGCGGUAUCUGCGAUAAUCUUUAUGCCAUCAGAUAUGUCGGUAUUCAUAGGCUGGGUCGGAACUGAUCUAGAUUUUGAAUUUAGAUUAUAGUCUUGUAGAACGCAAUGGUAGAACGCAAUGAUAAAUACUUAUGGGCACGGUAGGACAUUUGGGUUCGACACCAAACUGGAAAAGGCGGUAUAUGUACUCGGCGUACCAGCAAAAAAAAAAUUCCUCACGGAGUCAUCAUUAUCUUGGACAAGAUACCCCUCUUCACUCAUUUCAGAGACUGUGUUCUUUGUGUUCUUUGACAUGGCCUCCUGCCCAUCUUGUCCAAAAGAAUGAUGGGUGAUUCUCUUGAUGGCAGAUUUUAACUCCUGCACACUGUCAGUGUUAUGAUCUGCAUUAGGCUUAAACAAACAUACGUUAUGCCUCUGAGCGAUGCCUGAUUUGAUGAGAUCACAUUCCUUGUUUUCACCAAUACGCCUCAGUGCAGUCCCCGCAUCUUCUUUACAGCGAUUAGAGGCAAGUAGCUUAUCCUCUUGAGCUCUGGUGACUUGGAUAUUUUUCUGCUCCACCUCAUCAAUUGUCAAUUCGCGGUCCGAAUCCUCGUUUCGGUGAGCAGAAGCAAUAAACUCAUUCUGAUGAGCUCUGCUGAGCCUAGUGGCUUUGUCUUCCACCUGACGCUCCUCGACGAGUCUGGCUUUCUUUCGAUUGUCAUCACAAAUAUCUCCCUCUCCAGGUUGUCAUACUCAGCUAUAAUUUCCUCGAGGUUGGGGAGAUCGCUUGGUCGCUGAAAUGAGAUGUCAUCCAUUUUUGAAGCUAUAGGUGGCCUUGGUGGAGUUGUAGCUUCUGUAGUUAUUAUCUCAUCACCGGAGUUCAAAAGGAGGAGAAGAAGAAACAAUAUCCCAGUCUGAAAUUGACCUUUUACUGCGACCUAAUUUGUUAUCGGUACUGCUUGUGGUUGUUGUCCAGGCGAGGAAAAGGCGACCCCCUUGGUUCACGCAUAAACAAUGGGUAAGCUAGUGAGACUCCUUUGGAUCAGAACACAGAAAGAACUUACUGUUAAUACGAUAGUAAUCCAGAGAUAACGCACCAUAUGUGAAUUUUUACAUUUAGUUCCUGAAACUCCA